AGAAGGAUGCCAAUUGGCGAGGAGUAUGUGGUAUGCACGUAAGUCAAUAAGAGAAAGAGUUCCACGAACUGCAACGACCUGUCAUCAAACAUUCAAGUUUGGCCUGUGACCUUUUACAAUGCAUUCUUGGUUUAAAUAAGUGAGCAAAUAUCGAAAAUAGUGCAAUGGCUAACGAUCGGGAAGUGCUUCGAGAAAUCUGGGAGGGAAAAGUUCCUGUGUGCUUCCAACUGGACUCUGAAGAAGUUUCUGAACUUCAGGCACCAGAUCCGUUUUACUUGAUGGUGCCUAGAUUAAGUUAUUUUCCCCUUUGCACCGAUAAGGUACGAAAACACUUUAUGCGUCACAUCCAACAGGAGAAACAAGAUAAUGAGAUGUGGCUUGAAUUUAAUGGCAUACCACUUAAGUGGCAUUUUCCCAUAGGAGUGCUUUUAGAUUUGUAUGGAAACGAUAUUCAAUUGCCCUGGAAUAUAGUCGUUCAUUUCGACAAGUUUCCAGAGAAUGUUCUAAUGCACUGUCAGAAUAAAGAAGUCGUGGAGGCCUAUUUUCUUUCCUGUAUAAAAGAAGCCGACGUCCUGAAACAUCGAGGUCAAGUGGUAUCCAGUAUGCAGAAAAAAGAUCAUAAUCAACUUUGGCUCGGACUGCUUAACGAUAAGUUCGAUCAAUUUUGGGCGGUCAAUCAUCGACUCAUGGAACCCAUUAGUGAUGAAGGUUUCAAAUAUAUACCAUUUCGUUGCUAUAUGAGCGAUGAAAGUUACGUUCAGAAAUUGUUGAAACCUUUAAACGCAGAGGGUCACCGAAAGACGCUGAAUGACUUACUGAACGAAGUUUUUCCGGAUAAUCAAGAAGUUCAUGUUCGAACACACGGAAUUGUGCCUCCUUUAGAGACGCCCCUGCAGUGGCUUUCGGAACACUUCAGUUACCCAGAUAACUUUUUGCAUAUGUGUUUAAUGUCUUCUUAACACAACCAUAACUGUGAUGAUAGAAUUCUAAUGGACUUAAACCGAUUGUGUGUGUUAAUAUUUGACCAAUCGUUUUUCUUCCAGUGGAUAAGGUGCAAUUUGGCAGGAAUGAAAAGUAAAAUCAUUUUAUUUUUU